AUGCUCUAUGAGGACAUGAAGAUUUCUAGACUUAUGGUGUAUGCUCAAUCUAUUGAGGAGUCUAAACUUAAGAGGAAGGAUAGGAAGUUAAAGAGGGCUAGGCCCAAUGAGCAAGGUCAACCUAGGUUCAAGAAGAGAGCUCCAAACCAAUAUUCUUCAAGCACUCCUAAGGUUAACCAAGAUAGAGGUAGUGAGUCUCCAUUUCCUAAACCUACUUGCCACAAUUGUGCAAUGAAACAUCAUGGGAAGUGCCUAGUCGGUUCUAAUGGGUGCUCUGGGUGUGGAAAAAGUUAUCAUCAAGUGAGAAAUUGUCCUACUUUUACGACUAGAGGAAGGGAGGCCAAACAAACUUCUCUUAAUGACCCGGAUCUUGAUGCUCCAAAGAGGAACCGUUUCUAUGCUCUACAAUCUAACAAGGACAAAGGAGUUAAUCCGGAUGAACGUACCGGUAAGUGA